GGGCGCGCGCCGGCCUUUCUGUGACGGGAGCGCGCGCGCUCACUCACACGCACACACCCGCCGCGCGGCCAGGCCCCCGGCCAGCCUCUGCUCCCCCCUCUCUCCUUCCGUCUCCGUUUUUCCGGUAAAACUCUCCGUUCUCUCCGGUCCCGUCCCGGCAGACCGGCCCCCCUCCCUCCCCCCCGACGGACCGUCCGGACUCUCCACCGGAUCACCGAGUUCCAGCGUCCCGCCGUGAUUUACGCCCCACCGGCGGUGGGCCUCAGCUGUCCCCCCUCCCCCUCUGCCUACUCCGGUACCGGCCGGUGACGUCAACCCGAAGAUCCGCGCAGGCCGGUGAAAUUCGUUCUGCUCCGGGACCCCCAGACCCGCGACGACACCAGGACCAGAACUGCGGCCGAACCCCCCCGGGCUGUUUAUUUAUCAGCUGUUCGAGCGGAGAUGAGGAGCGCGUGAAGGCAGCGCGUGGCUUCCACGAGACUCGCGGUACCGUAAAGCAGGGGAGUGGGCGGAGCUGGACCAUGGCGAGCGCCUCUGUAAAGGUGGCUGUCCGGGUCCGACCGUUCAACGCCAGGGAGACGGGCCGCAACGCCAAGUGUGUGAUCCAGAUGCAGGGGAACACCACCUGCAUCUCCAACCCCAAACAGCCCAAAGAUGGAGCCAAGAACUUCACCUUCGACCACUCGUACUGGUCGCACACAUCGCCCGAGGACCCGCAGUUCGCCUCCCAGCAUCAGGUCUACAAGGACAUCGGCGAGGAGAUGCUGCUGCACGCCUUUGAAGGUUACAACGUGUGCAUCUUUGCAUACGGACAGACGGGGGCGGGAAAGAGCUACACCAUGAUGGGGAAGCAGGAGCCGGGUCAGGAGGGGAUCAUCCCGCAGCUGUGCGAGGAUCUGUUCCAGAGGACCGGAGAGAACUCCGAUCCAGACCUGACCUACUCCGUGGAGGUGUCCUACAUGGAGAUCUACUGCGAGCGGGUCCGGGAUCUUCUGAGCCCCAAGUCAGAGGGGAGUCUGAGGGUCCGAGAGCACCCCAUCCUGGGCCCGUACGUGGAGGACCUGUCCAAGCUGGCGGUGACCGGCUUCAGCGACAUUCAGGACCUGAUGGACGCCGGCAACAAGGCCCGGACGGUUGCUGCCACCAACAUGAACGAGACGUCGUCCCGUUCGCACGCCGUUUUCACCAUCGUCUUCACCCAGAGGAGGCGGGACCAGAUGACCAGCCUGGACACGGAGAAGGUCAGUAAGAUCAGUCUGGUGGAUCUGGCUGGAAGUGAGCGUGCAGACUCUUCAGGGGCCAAAGGAACUCGCCUGAAGGAAGGAGCAAACAUCAACAAGUCUCUGACCACGUUAGGAAAGGUCAUCUCUGCUUUGGCUGAAAUGCAGAGCAGCAAGAAGAGGAAGAGCGACUUCAUCCCCUACAGAGACUCGGUGCUGACCUGGCUGCUGAAGGAGAACCUGGGAGGAAACUCUCGGACGGCCAUGAUCGCCGCUCUGAGUCCAGCUGACAUCAACUAUGAAGAAACUCUCAGCACUCUAAGGUACGCUGACCGGGCCAAACAGAUCCGCUGCAACGCCAUCAUCAACGAAGAUCCCAACGCCAAACUGAUCCGGGAGCUGAAGUCGGAGGUGGACCGGCUGAGGAACCUGCUGUUCUCUCAGGGCCUCCACGAGCUGCUGGACGACGCUGUCAACAACAGCCUCCUGCAGGCCGUGACUGGAGCCCCCCCCUCCACCCUGCAGCUGACACACACAACCAAUGGGAUUGCCCUGGAGGAUAGCUCCGCCCCCACAGAUGAUAACCAGGUGUCUGCUGAAGCCCCGCCCCCCGACCAGCUGAUGGGGGAUGGGGAGGAGGCGGUUUCCACGGAGACCAUCAGCAAAGAGGAGGCAGCAGAGAGGCUGAUGGAAACGGAGAAGAUCAUCGCGGAGCUGAACGAGACAUGGGAGGACAAGCUGAGGAAGACCGAGUCCAUCCGCCUGGAGAGGGAGGCGCUGCUGGCUGAGAUGGGCGUGUCCAUCAAGGAGGACGGAGGAACGCUGGGCGUCUUCUCCCCUAAAGGAACGCCUCACCUGGUCAACCUGAACGAAGACCCGCUGAUGUCCGAGUGUCUGCUGUACUACAUCAAGGAGGGGGUCACCAGGGUCGGACAGCAGGACGUGGACAUCAAACUGUCCGGUCAGUUCAUUAAAGAGAUCCACUGUGUCUUCAUCAACGAGACCAACGAGCAGGGAGAGGCCAUCGUGACGCUGGAGCCGCUGAUCGGAGCAGAGACCUACGUGAACGGGAAGCAGAUCACGGAGGCCGUGGUUCUGAAACAAGGGAACCGCAUCGUGAUGGGGAAGAACCACGUCUUCAGGUUCAACCACCCGGAGCAGGCCCGGCUGGAGAGGGAGCGCAGCGCCUCGGCAGAGCAGCAGGGGGAGCCGGAGGACUGGAACUACGCUCAGAGGGAGCUGCUGGAGAAGCAGGGCAUCGACAUCAAGCUGGAGAUGGAGAAGAGGCUGCAGGACGUGGAGACUCAGUAUCGCAGAGAGAAGGAGGAGGCUGACCUCCUCCUGGAGCAGCACCGGCUGUAUGCAGACAGCGACAGCGGAGACGACUCUGACAAACGCUCCUGCGAGGAGAGCUGGAGGCUGAUCUCCUCCCUCAGGGAGAAGCUGCCGGCCAACAAGGUCCAGACCAUCGUGAAGCGCUGCGGCCUCCCCAGCAGUGGCAAGAGGAGGGAGCCCCUCCGGGUCUACCAGAUCCCUCAGAGGAGGAGGAUCAGCAAAGACCCCAAACGGGUCACCAUGGAGGACCUGCGAAUGCAGGCCGUCAAGGAGAUCUGCUACGAGGUGGCUCUGGGAGACUUCCGUCACUCCCGUCAGGAGAUCGAGGCGCUGUCCAUCGUCAAGAUGAAGGAGCUGUGCCGCAUGUACGCCAAGAAGGACUCCAACGAGCGGGACAGCUGGAAGGCUGUGGCCCAGGAUGUCUGCGACACCGUGGGCAUCGGGGAGGAGCGGAGCCCCCCUGCUGAGGAGGGAGGAGCAGAGACGGGCGAGGGCGGAGAAAAGGGCAAAGUGUACGACCUGAAGGCUCACAUCGAUAAGCUGACGGACAUCCUGGAGGAGGUGAAGUUGCAGAACAACAUGAAGGACGAGGAGAUCAAAGCUCUGAGAGACAGAAUGAUAAAGAUGGAGAGCGUCAUACCUGUCCAGGAUGAGGAUGUAAAUGGAGAGGUGGAUGAGUCCGAGCAGAGGGGCGGGGCUGAUGACUGCUCCGACCCCCCCGAGGUGCGAGUGCAGCGGCUGAUGGAGGAGGACCCGGCGUUCCGGAGGGGGCGCCUUCGCUGGCUGAAGCAGGAACAGCAGCGGAUCCUGAACCUGCAGCAGCAGAACGUCACCAAGAAGCUGCGCGGGCAGAACCCAGGUCCCAUCACCCCCACGGUGCCGGUCCAUCUACCAGGGACGGGGCGCUUCAUCCCCCCCCAGGAGUGCAAGCUGAAGUUCCCCUUCAAGAGCAACCCCGCCCAUCGGUUGUCAUGGGGACCAGCCAGCGCCGCCCUGCAGGCCCUGGGGCUGGGGGAGGGAGCGGGGGAGGGGGCGAAUCAGAAAGAAGAUGAAGGAGCAGAGAUCAAAGGCUCCCCCCCACCUCCCUCAGCCCCCCAGAGUCAACCUGUUGUGUUGCCCCUCCCCUUCCCAGUGCCGCCCCCUCGCAUGCGCACGCCCAGCCCUCAACGUGCCUGGCAACAGCGUAACCAUGGCAACCAGGGGAACUUCAACUACCAACAAGGCAACAACCAAAACUACCAGCGGCGUUACCGCCGAAACUCCCUGGACAGUCCCCCUCAGGGCAGCUACGACGACGACCAGCAGCGUGGGGGCGGGGCCAACGGCAGCCACCAGGGAAGACCCAGACAGAGGAGGGGGGCGUCGCCCGUUCCUGGCAGAGGGGGGGCAGUAAACAGGGACAGAGACGGGGGCUUUCCACCGUUCAAUAAUCAGCGCCAGCACCAUCAGUUCCAGCACCACCCCUACUACAACCUCCAGAACCCACCAUUCCAGCCGGGGCCCCACCCCCACUUCCACAGUCUGCCUCGCACUGGAGCCCCGCCCUUCCCGCCGGAAAUCCUCAUGGGGGUGGGUCCUCCGCCCGGCGUGUGGAGCUUCAACACGCCGCCCAGGAUGAGGCGGCAGUUCAGCGCGCCGGACCUCAAAAAGGAGAACUCCAUGUGACCGCACGGAGGCCGUUGAUUGGCUGUGGGACAAUGGGCGGAGCUUAUGCUGUAGAAAAGCAUGUGUGUGAGUUUGAGCACUUUUUACAGUUACACACAUGGUUUUCUUUCCUUCUGUUUGUGGGCGUGUCCUCGGUGGGGUCCCGUCGGUAAUUAUUGAUAAAGUUUGUGUCAUUUGAAUGUUUUCAUACAUGUGACACAAUCGGAAUGCUGCGAUGGAAACUUUCAGACAAUCGUUGAUCCUCGUGGAAGGAUCCAACCGUCCGUCGAGUUAGGAUAAUUCAAUUGAUUACACAUCCUCAGAAAAUCAGAAAGGUCUGAACUCGUUAACAUCGGAGCUUCAGCUACAGCGUUGGCGUUCUUUUGACUCUUCGUUUACGCAAUAAUCAGAUUCUGUCAUGGAAAAGACGCUUUCCUCCGUGGAAUGUGACGCGUUACGUUAGCGUUGAAAAGCUUCUUUCCUCCGGACACGUUACAUUACGCCUUCAGAAUCUGAAAUUCAGAUUUACAUUAAGUGCGUAAAUGUUGCGAUAGUUCGAGGAGCGUUCGUUAUUUCGGUGUCGCCGGCGACAUCUCCGGUGUUAGCGGAUUGACGACAAAUGAACUGACGGUAGUUGAGCUCUAAAACUGUCGCGUGGAUCCUAGAACUUCAUAAAUGUCAUUUAUUUUAUUCUUAAUCAUAAACUCGACGGCUCGUCUUCAUCAGCAGCGUUCUGGAUACGUAUGGGUGGUUUGUUUUCCUUGGCGCCACCGUCUCCGGUGGCCUGAAUUCGUGUUUCGUGUAACUUGAGCACUUACUGCUACAAACCAAAGAGGCGCCCUGCGGCGCCCCCUGCAGGCUCAGAGAUGCUUUAACUCGGCGUGUUGCUGUUUCUGUAUAUUUGACGCGUAUGUUGGAUUGUAAAUGAAGAUGAAUGGUUUUGAAGACGGUGAGUUCACUGCCUCUGGGAAUCGUGGGAGAUUUGACGGGACGUUUGAAGGAUGAAGGAUGGAGAUGCUGAAGGAGAAGAGAAAUGUUUCUGACGACACUACAACACAUCGUGUGUGAUUCAAAGACCUGCUGUAAGGAUCCCACCCGCUGCCUUCACGGCUCCACAGGAAGCUGGGAAAUGUGGCUUCGUUCAGUUAUUAAGCCUCAGUGAUAAAAGCUUCUGUUUUUACGGACGUGGUGGGCGUGUCCGUUAGCUGAAGCGAACGCCGCUUCUAUCGGAGCGACCCGACGACUAAAUGAAGAGACUGUUUUUGGUCGAAGCUUUGUUCAGUUCUGUUUCUGAAUUGACCAAUCACAGGACAAUCUGGAAAUCUGCUGUCACCCGGGGCUGAUGGGAAAUGAAGUUUCCUGUCUUUUAUUCAUUUUAUUUUUAUCUGUCUUCCUGCAGCUCGGCCUCUGAUUGGCCGUUUUCCUUUAGUGUAGCUCCUCCUCUUUUGUUAUUAACCCGAUUUUUGUGAGUUUUUGUUUGGUUCUCCUGCUGCUGCUAAAGGGAGCUUCAUCGUGUGUGUGUUUGUGUGGAUGUGCGAGUGUGUUACUGUGGUUUACUUCAUCAAGUGGAUUCUGUGGAGCUUUGAAGAGAAGGAGGAGCCUGAAGUGUUACCAUAGCAACCCCUGAUGAUCCUGGACUGACCCCCGCUGCCCUUUACCUCUGCUCCAAUCAUGACCUCAGAUCCUGUGACCUCACAGGCGACAGCCCCGCCCCUCCUCAGUGUUUGUGUUGGCUUGUUUGUAUGAAGAACCAAACUCGACCUGCAGACGGCAUGACGGCAAUAAACUGUCUGAAAAACA